AUGCCAUCGGCCUCAACGCCAGCGGGCCGUGCUCCGGCGCUCCUCCGGCAUGGUCGACGAGUCCCCGUCUCGACGCCCCAGCUGAGGCACUUGACCUCAGGCGCUCAGAAUGGCUUUCUGCGCACACAAGCAGAGACACCCAGCGCCAGGUUGAGCCAGAAGCGCCUCUUCACCGCAUCUGCUGCCAGGGCCGCCUCUGGCGCUGCGCAGCCCGCGCCCGACCCGAAGGCCUACCUUCAGAGCGGUGUGGUAAAACCUAAACAGCACGUCGACGUCAAAAAGGUCCUUGUCAUUGGCAGUGGUGGCCUUGCCAUUGGCCAGGCUGGAGAGUUUGACUACUCCGGAGCACAAGCUCUCAAGGCCUUAAAGGAGUCCGGUGUGGCAUCCGUGCUCAUCAAUCCCAAUAUUGCUACCAUCCAGACGAACCACUCCCUCGCCGACGAGGUCUACUACCUCCCCAUCACUCCGGAGUAUGUCGAGUAUGUCAUUCAGAGGGAGAAGCCUGAUGGCAUCUUCUUGUCGUUCGGUGGCCAGACCGCCCUGAACCUCGGUGUCCAGAUGCAGAAGCUGGGCCUCUUUGAGAAAUACGGCGUCAGGGUCCUCGGCACCAGCGUGAGGACCUUGGAGCUGAGCGAGGACAGAGAUCUAUUCGCGAAGGCGCUCGAGGAGAUUAACAUCCCCAUCGCAAAGUCCAUCGCCGUCAACACGGUUGACGAGGCUCUCGAUGCCGCUUCCAAGAUCGGCUACCCCAUUAUCGUCCGCGCAGCCUAUGCGCUAGGCGGCCUGGGAUCUGGCUUCGCAAACAACGAGGAGGAGCUCCGUAACAUGGCCGCUAGGUCACUAACCCUGUCGCCGCAAAUCCUGGUUGAGAAGUCUCUCAAGGGCUGGAAGGAGGUCGAGUACGAGGUUGUCCGUGACGCGAAUAACAAUUGCAUUACGGUGUGUAACAUGGAGAACUUUGACCCCCUGGGAAUUCACACUGGCGAUUCGAUUGUCGUUGCGCCGAGCCAAACGCUCAGCGACGAGGAGUACCACAUGCUGCGAUCCGCCGCCAUCAAGAUCGUCCGCCAUCUGGGCGUAGUUGGCGAGUGCAACGUCCAGUAUGCGCUACAGCCUGACGGCCUGGACUACAGGGUCAUUGAAGUCAACGCUCGUCUCUCCCGGUCCUCGGCCCUGGCCUCCAAGGCGACCGGUUACCCCUUGGCGUAUACCGCCGCCAAGAUCGGUCUCGGCCACAGCCUGCCCGAGCUUCCCAACGCCGUCACGAAGACGACAACGGCCAAUUUCGAGCCGUCCCUGGACUACAUCGUCACCAAGAUACCCAGGUGGGACCUGUCCAAGUUCCAGCACGUCAAGCGCGACAUUGGCAGCGCCAUGAAGUCGGUGGGCGAGGUCAUGGCCAUUGGCCGGACCUUUGAGGAGUCAUUUCAAAAGGCCAUCAGGCAGGUGGACCCCAGGUUUGUCGGCUUCCAGGGCGACAAGUUUGAGGACCUCGACUACGAGCUCCAGAACCCGACCGACCGCCGAUGGCUGGCUGUCGGUCAAGCCAUGCUCCACGAGAACUACACCGUCGAUCGCGUCCAUGAACUGACGAAGAUUGACAAGUGGUUCUUGCACAAGUUGCAGAACAUUGUGGACUGCAACAAGGAGCUCCAACAGGUCGGCAGCCUCAAGGGCUUGAGGAAGGAGCACAUCCUGAAGGCCAAGAAAAUGGGCUUUUCCGAUAAGCAAAUCGCCCUGGCCGUCGGCAGCACCGAGGACGAGGUCCGUGCCCGGAGGUUGGAGUUCGGCAUCCGGCCGUGGGUGAAGAGAAUCGACACCCUCGCCGCCGAGUUCCCGGCCAACACCAACUACCUUUACACCACGUAUAAUGCUUCCUCGCACGACAUCACCUUCGAAGACAAUGGCACCAUCAUUCUCGGAAGCGGCGUUUACCGCAUCGGGAGCUCCGUCGAGUUCGACUGGUGUGCUGUCAGCGCCACCCAGGCCCUGAGAAAGAUGGGCAAUAAGACGAUAAUGGUUAACACCCUGUCGACCGAUUACGACAGCGCGGAUCGCCUUUAUUUUGACGAGCUGAGCUACGAGCGGGUGAUGGAUAUCUAUGAGUUGGAAAGCGCCAGCGGUGUUGUGGUGUCCGUGGGCGGCCAGUUGCCGCAGAACAUCGCGCUCCGCCUGCAAGAGGCUGGCGGAGCAAACGUCCUUGGCACUGAUCCUCGAGACAUUGACAAGGCCGAGGAUAGGCAGAAGUUCUCCGAGAUCCUCGACAGCAUUGGUGUGGACCAGCCGGCGUGGAAGGAGCUUACUUCAGUCGAGGCCGCCGAGGAGUUCGCUGAACAAGUUGGCUACCCUGUCCUUGUUCGUCCCAGCUACGUCCUGUCGGGUGCUGCCAUGACGGUGAUCCGCAGCAAGGAGGACUUGAAGGACAAGCUGGAGGCCGCCGCCAAUGUCUCCCCCGAUCAUCCCGUCGUGAUCAGCAAAUUCAUUGAGGGAGCGCAGGAGAUUGACGUCGAUGGCGUCGCAUCCGGGGGCGAGCUAAUCGUCCACGCCAUCAGCGAACACGUUGAGCAAGCUGGUGUCCACUCGGGCGACGCUACCUUGGUUCUGCCUCCUGUGAACCUGGAUGAAAACACCAUGGGCCGCCUCAAGGAGAUCGCCCAGAAGGUGGCCAAGGCGUGGAAAAUCACGGGUCCAUUCAACAUGCAGGUCAUCAAGGCUGAUAACCCCGCGGGCGGCAGCCCGAUGUUGAAGGUGAUCGAGUGCAACCUCCGCGCUUCCCGGUCAUUCCCUUUCGUCAGCAAGGUGCUUGGCACCAAUUUCAUUGAUGUCGCCACCAAGGCGCUCGUCGGCAAGGACGUUCCCGAGCCGACCGACCUGAUGGCCGUCAAGCGCGACUAUAUCGCGACCAAGGUGCCGCAGUUUUCGUGGACCCGCUUGGCCGGUGCCGAUCCCUUCCUCGGUGUCGAGAUGGCAUCAACAGGCGAAAUGGCUUGCUUCGGCAAGGAUCUCGUCGAGGCAUACUGGACGUCGCUCCAGUCGGCCAUGAACUUCCGCGUGCCGCAGCCGGGCGAGGGUAUCCUCUUUGGCGGUGAGUUGAGCAAGAACUGGCUCACCACGGUGGUUGACUACCUGGCUCCUCUCGGCUACAAGCUGUAUGCCGCAGACAACGAGGUCAAACAGCACCUUGAGUCGUCCAGCAAGCACAAGAUUAAUGUCGACGUUAUUGAAUUCCCCAAGGAGGACAAGCGUGCUCUCCGCGAGGUGUUCAAAAAGUACGACAUUCGCGGCGUGUUUAACCUCGCCCAGGCCCGCGGUAAGACAGUCAUGGACGUUGACUACGUCAUGCGCCGUAAUGCAGUGGACUUUGGCGUGCCGCUGUUUAUGGAGCCCCAGACUGCCAUGCUCUUCGCUCAGUGCAUAGCUGAAAAGGUCCCCCGCCCGGAGGGUAUCCCCUCUGAGGUCCGCCGGUGGUCUGAGUUCAUUGGCGGCAAGCCAUUGUAA